AUGGGCGCCAAAGCUCCUUGUUGCGCCAGCAGGGAGAAGCCGAGGGAGGAUGAGUGGGCGCUAAAAAUGGCCAAUGUCAAGCCUUUGCCCGGCCCGGAGAAUGAGCUGAGAAAGUUGCUCGGAGAUAGACUUCAGACACCAUUGGAUAUCUAUUACCACAAGGCCCGCGGCCAGUCCGGUAUGGAAGAUGUUGCCUGGAAUGGGCCUUUUAGGAUGACAUGGAACAAUGACGAUGUGGGUUUCCCAAGUGCCAUCGCCACCGUGGACAGCGUUGAAGAGGUCCAGGCUGUGGUGAGCUAUGCUGGAAAGCAUUGCCAUCCCAACGGAACAAGGCUUUGCGUUGCCAGCGGACGGCACUCUCAUGUGUGCAUGCUGGACGACGCAUUGGUCUUGGAUUUGCAGCGCAUCAGCUCUGUUGAGGUCUUCCCAGAGCAGAUGCUUGCUAAGGUGGGCGGAGGGGCCCAGCAAGGAGACUUGGACUUGGCGUGCGAGCCGCAUGACCUGGCAACCACUGCAGGUCACAAUGCGUCCACAGGCUGCGGGGGACUCAUCCUCCAAGGAGGGCACGGCUUCCUCGAGCGGAUCUUCGGCCUGGUGGUAGAUAACCUGCUGGAGAUCGAGCUGGUAAUCGCCAACGGCCAACUAAUUCGCGCCAGCGAAACCGAAAACGCGGAGCUCUUCUGGGCCGUGCGCGGUGGGGGCGGCAACUUCGGGGUCGCCGUCAGUUUCUCCAUCCGCCUUCACAGACUGAAAGCAGACGUCUACGCAGGCAAGCGCGUCCACGUGCCGCUGGGGAUGGGCCCCUUCAUGAGCCGCGAGGCGGUGGCGAUGCACUUUUUCGAGAAGACGUUGCGGGGUCCGGACGAGGCCACGGGGCUUCUGGUGCUGCCGUGCUCCGGGCCCGCGGUGGAGAUCUUGCUCUGGGCCGGCGACCCCGAGGAGGGGCGGAAGUACUUCGAGCCCAAGGCGAAAGGCUGGCCCGUGCUGGAGAACAGCAUGGGCAUCGCGAAGUACCACUCACAGGUGCAGCGAUACAAUCAUCCCGGCGGUGAUGGCACCGCGGUCUACCAGACCGGGGUGUUGCUGCCGGACAUCAGCCCCGAAGCUCUGGAGAAGGUCGCCGAGUGCGUAAGCAGCAAGCGCGCGCCCAACAGCAGCUCCGUGAUCAUCAUGCUGCCCUUGGGCGGCGCCGUGAGCCGCGUGGCGACGGAUGCCACCGCCUACGGCUUCCGAGACUUCAAGGCUUGGGCCCUGGUGGUGGGAAGCUUUCAGGCGGGCGACCAGGAGGAGCGCAGCAAGGUUGUGAAGUGGGUGCGGGAUGUAAAGGCUGAGUUGCUGCCCUUCUCCCGGGGUGCUGGCUAUGGCGUUCUGGGCGAGGUGGCCGUGCACAACAAGGUGCCAACGGAGGCCCCGACUUCGGAAGAGCAGAAGCUCAACGAGUCUGAGGGAGGUUCCAUUGGCAUCAUGUUGAACACCGGCCAGACCGGUGGCCGAAACAUUUACGGCCCCAACCUCCAGAGGUUGCAAGCGGUCAAGGACUGGACCAAGAGCCCCGGACUGGCCUGGAACUGCAACUCCACGAAGUGCGGCAGGUACGACUUCUGGCCGGUGGUGCACCAGGGUAAGCUGUUCACCAUGGGCGGCAGCGGCUCCAGCUCCACCUUCGGCAAGCUCUACAGUGAGACCUGGGCGUUAGAUCUUCAGCAGGCCAUUUUCGUGUGA